UCGGGAGAGUCAAGGCAGUGUCUUUCCAAAGUGGGACGGCAUCUUUUCCUUUUGGAGGUGCAGCCAGCCAGGACAGAUGAUGACAGAGGUGGGCAGGAGAUAUCAUACCUUGGAACACGCCAGGCACCAAGAUGGACUGGAAUCCGGCAGUGAAUAUGUUAAGUUCUCUAAGGAGAAGUACAUCCUUGAUUCAUCACCCGAGAAGCUUCAUAAGGAGCUGGAAGAGGAACUGAAACUCAGCAGCACAGACCUUCGCAGCCACGCCUGGUAUCAUGGGCGCAUCCCCCGGGAGGUAUCGGAGAGUCUGGUGCAGAGAAACGGGGACUUCUUGAUACGCGAUUCGCUUACCAGUCUUGGGGAUUACGUAUUAACGUGCCGCUGGCGGAAUGAGCCCCUCCAUUUCAAAAUCAACAAGGUGAUGGUGAAAUCCAGCGACGGCCACACCCACAUCCAGUAUCUGUUUGAACAGGAGAGCUUCGACAAUGUGCCAGCCCUGGUGCGAUUCUAUGUGGGCAACCGCAAGCCGGUCUCAGAGCAGAGCGGGGCGAUCUUCUACUGCCCCAUCAACCGAACCUUCCCUUUGCGCUAUCUGGAGGCCAGCUAUGGACUUGCCAAUGGGAAACACAGUGGCUCACAUAGCCACUCCAGCCAGAAAGGCGGGCACAUCAAACGAAGGAGCAUCACUAUGACAGAUGGAUUGACGGCUGACAAGAUCACAAGGGGCGAUGGGUGCCCAACGAGUGUCUCCUUACCACAUCACCGAGACAUCAUCCGUAACUGCGCCGUCAGUGUGGACCAGAUCCAAGAUCUCCACUCCCCAAUGUCUCCUAUUUCUGAGAACCCAGCAACUCCAGCCUACAGCACAGUUACGCGACUAAAACCACAAGCAAGCCAGGCAGCCAGCAGUCUCGCCCCAGCCUCUCCUGUCCUAAGGAGGUCCAGUGAGCCCCAGCUGUGCCAAGGGAACAACGGCAAGGCCGAACACCCUGACAGCACCCACUCCACCCCUUCCCAUGGACACUCGAGGGCAUCUCCUUCUCCCUCCGUGAACAGCUACAGCGAUCCAGACACGGGUCAUUACUGCCAGCUUCACCCCCCUUCCCCCAUCAGCUGGGAAAGGCCAGCUCAGGAUGGCAAACAGGUGCCCGCCAAGAGCUACGUGGACAGGCUAAAGGGAGACGAGGGUCCGAAGGGGCCCUCUCUGAACGGCUCUGAGGCAGAGGCUGGGCCCAGGAAGAAGCCCAGUCAGGACGCUCCGGGCUUCGUGGUCCCCAUAGUGGAGAGGUCCUCCUCCUUCAACCCAGCGGUGUUCCGCUCCCUCCUCAUCCCUUUGGAAAACAAGCCCUUGGAAAUGGCCGUGCUUAAAAAAGUCAAGGAGCUUCUGGCGGAGGUGGAUGCAAAGAUCCUGGCCAAGCACAUCACCAAAGUGGACUGCCUGGUUGCUAGGAUACUGGGUGUUACCAAGGAGAUGCAGAGGCUCAUGGGAGUGAGCUCGGGGAUGGAGCUGCUCACGCUACCCCACGGACAUCAACUUCGCCUGGACUUGCUGGAAAGGUUCCACACCAUGUCCAUCAUGAUCGCUGUCGACAUUCUGGGCUGUACAGGCAGCAUGGACGAAAGGGCCUCCCUCCUCCACAAGACCAUCCAGUUGGCAGCAGAGCUGAAGAGCACCAUGGGCAACAUGUUCAGUUUUGCUGCUGUGAUGAAUGCACUCGAAAUGACUCAGAUCGCACGGUUGGAGCAGACCUGGAUGGUUCUACGCCAGCGCCACACAGAGGGCGCCAUCCUCUACGAGAAGAAACUGAAGCCUUUCCUAAAGAGUCUGAACGAAGGCAAAGAAGGACCCCCCCUGUCCAACACUACCUUCCCACAUAUUGUGCCUCUCAUCACACUUUUGGAACGGGACACAGCCCUUCCAGACAACCCUGAGCCCUGGGAAAACCUGGAUGACGGUGUGGAGGUAGUCAUGGCCCACCUGGAGGCAGCACGGAUGGUGGCUCAUCAUGGGGGGCUAUACCUCACCAAUGCAGAGGUGAAGCUGCAAGGCUUCCAGCCGAGACCAGAACUGCUCGAGGUCUUCAGCACAGAGUUCCAGCUGCGUCUCCUGUGGGGCAGCCGAGGUGCUGAGAGCAGCCAGAGCGAGCGCUACGAGAAGUUCAACAAGGUCCUCACUGCAUUGUCCCACAAACUUGAGCCAGCGGUGCGGUCCAGCGAACUGUAGCCCAACAUUACGGACUCAGAGCUCGACUAGCAAGGAAAGACACCACCAACUCAACAGCCUGCACCUUCCUCUCUACAUCAACCCACUGCCUAGAGCGGGGUUUGUCUCAGGUUGACAUGGGGAGAGCCCCAGGGUUGGACGCUGGAAUCUGUAUCUGCAAAGGUGACAAGGAAUGAAGUGGACCAGCCAAGGAGUCCGCCAUCAGUAAAGGACUUUUUCUGCAUCAGUUACUGACAACCAACAUCCAAAGGGUAGAAGAAGCGGUUUCGUGCUUGAAAAAUCCAGCAAUUUGCACUGCUCCUCGCCACUGCUACCAUCCUUGCAAGAAGCAUGAAGAUGCAUUGCUGCAACUGCACCAACCAUACCUUAGGUAGUUACUCUUGGGUUAUUUGCCUUUCUGAACAUGACCCUCCAUAGCACAGUGGUUCAUUGGUGCAAAAGACCCCAGCUAUGUGGUAAGAACCUGACCUGGACAUGGCUGACUUUGAGGUCUCAAUUUGAGACUAGAAUGUAAAAGUGGUCUUCUCCCUCAUUACUUUGCUGUUAGGCAUCAUCUGGGGGUGACAGUCUUUUCAGCUUUCUUAGGCUGCAAUCCUACUUAGGAAUAAGUCCUAAUGAAAUCAGUGGGACUUACCUCCGAGUGAAUGUUGAUAAAGUGGCUUUUUCUGUGUGUGUCUCCCAUCCCAUUUCAUAGAACCAGGAGGCCACUAGCUCAGUCCUUUGACUGUCCCAAGACCAAGGAGCUGAGCACACCUAUUCCUCUGUGCCAAAUACUUGAGAUUUGGCUGCAGCACUGUCUCCCCCUCCCGGGUUCUUAUGCAGGGAUAACUGAUCUACACUCACGCCCCUCAUCUUCCUGGAAGCAAGCAAGACGAUGUCAUUGCAUUUGAUGUUUCCCUUCCCCUGAGCAGCAUUCAGUGAAUUGGGAGGAAAGGAACAAUAAUGCCGUCAUGUGUUUCUAAACGUUACUAGGAAGAUGCAGUGGGGAAGGAGACGUGGGUGAGCAUCACAUAUAGGUAUAGCCCUUACUCUCACAUCUCUCCCCUUGCCAUCUUUCUCUUGCUUCAGUUCCUUUCCUUGCUUCAAACACCAUGCCGCUGGAUAUCACGAUGUUGGUCUCCAGUCCUUUCAGUUUGCCUUUCAUCUUGCGAGGCCUUUUCUGCUUGUAAAUAGUAGAUCCACAUUGGUGUGUAUAUAUCUCUAUAUAUAUCUAUAAAUAUUCAAAAGGGACAAUUGUUGUAAAUAAUUACUCGCCUCAUUUUCCUGUCUUGUAAAUUAAUGUACAUAUACCAUGGAGUGUCUCUCUUUUGGUUCUUGCAUACA